AUGAACAUAAUAUGCUCCCGUUGCUACCACUAUGUCCCUGAAGGGCCAGCUAUGGCCAGUAGAUUGGAUGUCAAGCUGACAUUUCCGUCUUCCGAAGGGCUCUCUGCAAAUGCUUCCUGUUGGUCGUCCAAGCUGACGAAGUUGCAUUGUUACUCCUUCCCUCCGGAGGCUGCCUCUGCGUUUACGCGGCCCCGAUCGGACAUGCAAUGCUGGUCUGCCUUAUUUGACGGGUAA